AUGAGGUGUUACCGGCCCCGGAAGACAGAGGUGGGCCUGUCUCUGGCCCUGUGCAGCAUUACCUUCCUCCUUCUCUUCCACCUUUUGUACAACGCACCACCCAGCUGCCAGGUCCCAAAGGAGCCACUGGGCACCCCCACGACUCUGGCCUUGCAGGCUGUGCCCACCGGCCCGCCACCUGUCCCCUGCCAGGCCAAUGGUUCAAUGGCUACCCUGCCUGACUUUGGCAAACAACCGCAGCAAGUGCGGGACUUCCUGCUGUACCGGCACUGCCGUGACUUCCCGCUGCUGCAGGACGCCCCACCCGACAAGUGCGCACAGCCAGUGUUCCUGCUGCUGGCAAUCAAGACCUCACCCCACAAUUACGAAAGGCGGGAGCUGGUGCGGCGCACUUGGGGCCGCGAGCGAGCUGUGCACGGCCUGCAGCUGCGCCUCCUCUUCCUGGUGGGCACCGACCCCAACCCGCUGGAGGCCCUCAAGGUCAACCGACUGCUGGAGAUAGAGGCGCGGACACACGGGGACAUCUUGCAGUGGGACUUCCACGACUCCUUCUUCAACCUCACGCUGAAGCAGGUCCUGUUCCUACAGUGGCAGGCCACUCGGUGCGCUCAAGCCAGCUUCUUACUCAAUGGUGAUGAUGACGUUUUCGCACACACAGACAACAUGGUCACUUACCUGCAGAACCAUGACCCUCACCGCCACCUCUUUGUGGGGCAGUUGAUCGACCAUGUGGGCCCCAUCCGGAAUCCCGGGAGCAAGUACUAUGUACCGAAGAUUGUGACACCAGAAGAACAGUACCCGCCGUAUUGUGGCGGGGGUGGCUUUCUGCUGUCCCACUUCACUGUCUCUGCCAUAUACCGAGCCUCUAGCACUCUGGACCUCUUCCCUAUUGAUGAUGUCUUCCUGGGCAUGUGCCUGCAGCGUGAGGGCCUGAAGCCUGCCUCCCACAGUGGCAUCCUCACAGUGGGGGUACAUGUCCCCUCAAAACGUCUGUCUUCCUUCAACCCCUGCUACUACCGAGACCUGCUGCUGGUGCACCGCUUCUUGCCCUAUGAGAUGCUGCUCAUGUGGGACGCGCUGAGCCAGCCUGGCCUGACCUGUGGCAAGCUGACGCAGCUGCAUUGAGGUGGG